UGACAUACUUUUCAGCUUCCCAGGAAAACACGGUCAGUUAAUGUAACAGGCACUGGUAGUGGAUUUGCUUUGGUCCAAAUUUCAUUUCAGUAUAAUUUAAAUGUAACCGGAGCUUGGCCACUCUUUACUUUGGACCCUCAAGUUGAUAAAAAUUCCAAUGCAAAUCAUUUGCAACUUUCAAUUUGUUCUGGUUUUGUGCCAACAAAAGAAGCCAAUGAGAGUAACAUGGUUGUGAUGGAAGUUAGUCUACCAUCUGGUUUUACUGCAGACAGAGAUUCGUUACCUAGUCUUGAGGUUUCGCAAAACGUAAAACGAGUAGAAACUAAAGACGGAGACACGGUUGUAAUACUAUAUUUUGAUAAGAUGGACAGACGUGAAUAUUGUCCAACAGUAUCUGCAUUCAGAACACACAAAGUUGCAAAACAAAAGCCAGUACCAGUUACUAUAUACGACUAUUAUGAUUCCUCAAGAAAAGCAAGAGUAUUUUAUGAACCACGGAAAGCGACACUUUGUGAUUUAUGCAAGGAAGAAGACUGUGAAGAUUUAUGUGUAUCACAACUUGGUAAACAAGAAGAUUCCUCUCAAUCUGCUGCUUCAUGUCAAACAAUCUGUACAUACUUACAAUUAUUAUUACUUGUAUUCUUCUCUGUUAAAUAUUUUGAAUACUUUUAGUUACAACUUUCCAAAAACAUUCUAUAGUUUUGUUAAAAAACAAAAAGAAAAAAAACAAUUACAAGGCUUUUAGUAAACAUACAACCAAAGUACAUCACACGCAAAAGUUAAUGUGUGUACAUUAACGCAGUUAUGUAUGAGCUUUAAACCAAUUCGAAUUCAGUGUUUUAAAUCGUAGAAUGUAUAAUAUUUUACCGUAGCAGAAAGGUACUCUACUUAACAAAUCAAAUGAAUGAAAUUUUUGUUACAUACUGACACUUUAUGUUGCAGUAAAUAUACACUGUAUUGUUACUGAUAAUAAAUUGUUACUUGUUCACUUACAAUUAA